AUGGCGCCUGAAGACGAAAAGUUAACCGUCUUUCGUACACCGAAAGGUAUCUACUGUUACAAAGUUAUGCCUUUCGGAUUGAAAAAUGCUGGGGCAACCUACCAAAGAGCAAUGCAAAAGAUCUUUGAUGACAUGCUACACAAAAAUGUAGAGUGCUAUGUUGAUGACUUGGUUGUCAAAUCCAAGAGAAAAGAAGAUUACCUGGAAGACUUAAGAAAGGUUUUUGAAAGGUUGAGGCGCUACCAAUUAAAAAUGAAUCCUCUCAAGUGCGUUUUUGGAGUCACCUCCGGAAAAUUCCUCGGAUUAAUUGUCCAUAGUCGUGGAAUUGAGAUUGAACAGGCAAAGAUAGAUGCCAUCACAAAAAUGCCUAAGCCUCGUAACAUCCACGAGCUAAAAAGCUUACAAGGGAAAUUAGCAUAUAUAAGAAGAUUUAUCUUUAACCUCGCUGGACGAUGUCAACCUUUCAGCCGAAUCAUGAAGAAUGGAGUGCCUUUCCAUUGGGAUGAAGCAUGCAAGAAGGCAUUCCAAAGUAUCAAAGACUACUUGACAAAGCCACCAGUGCUGACAGCCCCAAUUCCUGGACAUCCGUUGACGCUUUACAUCGCUGAACAAGAACGUUCAGUUGGAGCCUUGUUAGCACAGGAAGCCAAUAAAGGGAAAGAAAAUACCCUCUACUACCUCAGUAGAAUGAUGACACCAAAUGAACUAAAUUAUUCACCGGUGGAAAAGAUAUGCUUGGCACUCAUCUUCGCCAUAAAAAGGUUGAAGCAUUACUUCCAAGCGCACACUAUCCGGUUGGUGUCCAAAGCAAAUCCCUUGAAAUAUGUCAUGUCAAAGCCUAAAGCUGUAAAAGGACAAAUAUUGGCUGACUUCCUUGCUGAUCAUCCCAUCCCCGCUGAGUGGGAGUUGUCUAACGACUUCCCUGAUGAAGACGCGUUUUUUCUCGAAAUCACCCCACCAUGGAAAAUGUAUUUUGACGGCUCAUCACACAAAAAUGGAGCUGGAGCCGGAGUAAUAUUUGUCACAUCACAAGGAGAAGUCCUUCCAUACUCUUUUGCCUUAAAAGAAAAAUGUUCAAAUAAUGUGGCUGAGUAUCAAGCACUCUUCCUCGGCCUAAAAAUGGCGGUAGAUAUCAAGCAACGCCAACUUCAAGUAUACGGGGAUUCCAAGCUGGUUGUAAAUCAAAUCACUGGAGAGUUUGAAGUGAAGAAACCAGGACUAAUGUCUUACUUAAAGUAUGCUAAGGCACUCAUUGAGUUGCUCGGGGAUGUCUCUAUUGAAUAUGUCCUAAGGAAAGAGAAUGGGCAAGCUGACGCUCUGGCUAAAUUGGCAUCGACUCUAUCCAUCCCAGAUCAACAGGUGUAUAUUCCGAUACGCAAAGUUUGGGUGGAUUUCUGCAAGUAUGAAGAAGAAGAAUGUGUUGAAAAAGAACUCCCGAGUGACCCGCGCAGACGAGCAGAUAUCCGAAGAAGAGCUGCACGCUACGCCUACUUCAACGGCAUACUCUAUCGUCGGUCGUUCGACAACAUGUUCCUUCGAUUCCUCGGCAAUCAUCAAGCAAAACAAGCUAUGGAGGAAACUCAUGCCGGAAUCUGUGGAGCUCAUCAAGUUGGCCCAAAGUUACACUUCCGAAUAAAGAGGAUGGGGUAUUAUUGGCCAACCAUGGUUAAAGACUGUAUAGAGUUUGCACGGAGAUGCCAACCGUGUCAAUUUCAUCCUAACUUUAUCAAUCAACCACCGGAACCAUUGCACCCAACUAUUGCUUCGUGGCCAUUUGAUACCUGGGGCAUGGACGUCGUAGGACCACUCACAAAGUCGUCCGCUGGACAUCUCUAUAUCUUGGCCGCAACUAACUACUUCUCCAAAUGGGCAAAAGCAAUUCAUUUGAAAGAAGUAAAAAAGGAGACGGUAGCUGACUUCAUACGAGUCAACAUCAUUUACCGUUUUGGGGUUCCUCGGUGUAUCAUCACUGAUAAUGGAAGAUCUUUCGCCAAUACUCACAUCGACAAGCUUUGUGAAAAGUUUGGCUUCCAACAAAAGAAGUCCUCUAUGUAUUAUGCACCGGCAAAUGGACUAGCAGAGGCAUUCAAUAAAACACUUUGUAACUUGCUGAAAAAGGAUGUCUCCAAAUCAAAAAGAGAUUGGUAUGACCGCAUUGGUGAAGCUUUGUGGGCCUAUCGUACUACAUUCCGCACUCCAACACAAGCGACACCGUACUCACUUGUAUAUGGGGUCGAAGCUGUCCUCCCAUUGGAAAAACAAAUUCCUUCACUAAGGAUUGCUCUUCAGGAAAAAUUGACGACCGAAGAAAAUGUCAGAUUAAGACUCGAAGUGCUAGAGGCUCUCGACGAGAAAAGACUACAAGCUCAACAAAGACUGGAGUGUUAUCAAGCACGAUUAUCUCGAGCUUACAAUAAAAAAGUCAAAUCACCAUCCUUUCAAAUCGGGGACUUGGUUCUUGCUGUGAGAAGGCCCAUUGUGAUCAACUUUCGUUCGGGAAAUAAAUUUUUAUCCAAGUGGGAUAGACCCUACGUCGUCACUCAGGUCUACACAAAUGGUGCAUACAAGUUGUCAUCUCAAGACGGACUCCGGAUAGGGCCAAUCAAUGGGAGGUUCCUCAAAAGAUAUUAUGCGUGA